UAGGCUAGUAUAGCAAGCUACCUAGUUAACUAGCCGGGGAACACUGGUCUUGGCCAUGGAGUGCAACUCAAGGACCAGGCUCUCUUACUGCCUCCUCCUGGUCGGCGUCGUCCUCCUGUCGUACUCCCCCGGCUCGGCGGCAGCGCCUCGCCGGCUGCUCCAGACCUGCGAGGCGCAGGACUUCGCGGUCCCUCAUGCGCACCUCCGCGCGAUGUACUUCACGCGGCCGCUCAAGUACACCCAGGAGCUCGCCGACCGGGCGGCACAGUGGGCCGAGCAGUACAAGGCCAACUGCGCGGCUGCCUCGCCCGCGCCCGGCGUCAACGUGUUCCUUGGCUACGCGGGCGCCAACUGGCUGCCGAGCGACGCGGUCGCGGCGUGGGCGGAGGAGGCGCAGAACUACGACUACGGGACCAACUCGUGCGCGGCGGGCAAGGGGUGCGGCCGCUACAAGCAGAUGGUGUGGCGGGACAGCAAGGAGUUCGGGUGCGCGACCGUCACCUGCGCGUCCGGGGAGACGCUCAUGGCCUGCCACUACGAGCCGCAGGGCAACCUCAUGGGGCAGAAGCCAUUCUGAUCCGUCCGAACAUGCACCGAGAGCUAGCAGACUAGCUCAGGAGCUCAAGAAAUCAAGCUGGUGCUGGUGCCACUUAGCGCUCUAAUUAUAUUUAUUGCGCUGUUUUGCAUUUAUCAUCCCGUAGCUGAUUUGUUGGCAGUUUAAUUAGAUGAUGCCACGAGAGUGACGAGCUCAUGCUUGGCCUCACUUUCUUUCGUUCAUGGCAUCACCUCAUGAUAAUCAAGUUUGUCUCCUGGUAUCUCGGGUUAUAUACGUUUUUAUUAGUUUGUUGUUGAUUUUCAUUGUGUGUGUUAAGAAAGGUGUCGCAUAUU